UAACACCAUCCCCCACAGUUCAUGAACCGCCUUGGUAUAGUAGUGGUGCUGACAGAUCUCAAGAUCUGGGAUGCUGGCGACGAGAUCACCAUAGGAACCAGACUCAACGACACUCUGGUCAACAUGAAGGAGUACCGCAAGCGACUACUCAGGAAGGAACCGCACCUUCACAACCAUAACUUGGUGUUUCUGACACGUGCUGUGAUGAACGACGAUAGGGUAGGAAGGGCUGACAUUGGACAGAUGUGCAGUGAGGUCCAGUCUGUGAGCGUGGUUAAGGACCUGAAGGAGGAUCCCGGGCUGGUGGGCAGUAUCCUGGCCCACGAGAUGGGCCACAACUUGGGCAUGAGGCAUGACGACGAGGGACAACGAUACCUGGGGCAUCAAUGCCAAUGUCCCACCUCCAUGUGCAUCAUGAACUCCAGUGUUAGUGAUGUAUACAAUCCCAGGAUAGCCUGGAGCUCCUGUAGUAGGGAAUACGUCGACAAUAUGCUGGAGACGACAGCCUAUGACUGCCUGAAGAACGUACCGACGAGGAUGAUGUCAGAGGCUAGCUGUGGGGAUGGGGUGGUGGACGUGUCUGCUGGGGAGCAGUGUGACUGCGGUCCCCCGGAGUUCUGUCACAACCCCUGUUGCGUCCCCACCACCUGUAGGCUAGCAGCCAACGCCUCCUGCGCCUCUGGUUCCUGCUGUGACACUCAGAGGUGUCAGCCCAAGAAAGUCGGGUCAGAGUGCCGGGAGGCGAAGAGUGAGUGUGACCUGCCAGAGUACUGCUCGGGGGAGUCAGAGUACUGCCCCGACGAUGUACUCAAGAGUGACGGAUCCACCUGUUGGGGAGGCAAGGGCCACUGUUAUGAGGGCCAGUGUGGGAGCCACGAGGGUCGGUGCAAGUACGUGUGGGGCCCCGACGCACGUGUGGGUAACCAGGAGUGCUUCAAGAAGCUCAACGUGCAAGGUAAUGGUCACGGUAACUGUGGUCGGCGCCCCACCCGUGACGAGCAGUACCAACCCUGUGACCAGAGCUCGGUGUUGUGUGGUACUCUUCACUGUCUGCCAUAUGCGGGCCAGAAGAGUCGUUUCCACAUGCACCACUACAACGCCAGCGAGCUGGUGGGACGACACACCUGCCACUUCGUCUCCUCCGUCACCCACUAUCCCAGCGAGGACUGGUUGUCCCCCAGUGGUUCCAUCUGCGGUGACGGCAAGAUGUGCGUCAAUCAGAAGUGCGUGGAGAUCGCGGCUCCUGACGGAGACUGCCGGGACGGGUGUUCGGGUCGCGGGGUGUGCAACAACAGAGGUCACUGCCACUGUGAUCCUGGCUUCGCUCCCCCUGACUGCUCCUUCCCCGGACUCGGGGGAUCCUACGAUAGCGGACACAUGCAUGAUGUAUCAGAUAAGAGUUAUCUGAUAACUCUGGGGUGGGUGCUGGUGGUGCUGUUGGUGGCGUCCCUCUUCAUCGUCUGCUGCUGCUGGGGUUACAUCAGGUGCUGGUGGGACAGACGAGGUCGUGCCCGCCUCUCCCCACUUCUUCCCUGCUGCGUGUCCUGCCUCGACUCUUGCUUCUGCCCUAUCAUGUCCAAGACCACCCGCUGGAUCAUCACUGUCGGCUCGGUGAAGAAAAACAGCAGCAUUCAGAAGUAUCGCUCAGAGGAUCUCCAGGAGGGGGAAGACAAGGAUAUGAUUUGCUCCGUCGAUGUGGAUGUUAAAGGGAGCAACGUGACUAAGUCCUGGGGAGUGGCAGACGAGAAACUGGUGACGGAUCUGGUCACCAUCACUCCCAAGAACUCGCCAGAUCUCCGGAGGAAGAUCCAGAUGUCCUCGCAAUCCCCGGUUCUCCACCGCAAGUCUCUGGAUGACCUUGACCGCCCCAAGUACCAGCAGUCCAUUUCGUUGGACUCGGGGUGUGUGUCUGAUUCUGAGGAAGGAAUCGCCAGCAAGCGAUCUUCCAUCCACAUGUCAAUGACGAGCCUCAUCAGCGCUUUCAUGAAGUUUAGCACCAAGACCUCUAGGGCUGCUCCGGAAGUUGAAAAUCGACGUUCAAGGGCAUUCGGGAGUCAGAAAUCAAUGCCUCUAAGACGUUUUGUUGUGGAUCCUCUAGCAAGCAACCGGAACUCAAGGCAAGGCUCACCUCCACCUGAUCAUAUUAGGCCAGACUUCCGUCGCUCUGUGUCUAUUGACGUCUCCUACGGCAGAGGAAGACUUGCAGGCGCUCCGCCUCCCCCACCAGUCAAGCUAAAGCCUCACAAGAGCGACGAGAACUUAAUCAGCGAUUCUAAAGUGGCAAACAGUCCAUUCAUCCAACCUGAGAAGAAAGAAAAAUGUUCUAAUAACUUAAAUGGAAAACAAAGCAUUCGUAAUGGCAUCCACGAUGACAGUGCUUCUAAAGGCAAGACAGUCUCUCAACCUCCUAAAAGGCCAAAGGUCCCAUUCCGCAAGUCUUCCCCUCCUGAUAAAACUUCACCUCCUCUUCCCACGCUGAAGGAGUCUCAGGCUUCUUCGAAGACCGACGUAGCACCUAUACACACCAAAUUCCCUACGAGAGGAAAUCCUGCUGACUCUAUCAGCAAACAGUCGUUCAGACCGGCACCAAAGACUCCCUCAAAAGCCGGAAGGCCAGAGCUCGCCCCAUCGAAGUCCACUACGAACCACGGCAACACGAGCCAGAAGAAAAAUGUAAUGGAACUCGCUCGUAAGUUCGAUGCUCCGUAGGAAAGUUUGUGCGGGGAAUUUGGACAAAACAAAUUCAUUAAGGCUAAAUGUAAACUGUUCACCACCAGUCAAGAAUUCUUGACUCUUUAAAUCAGGAAUUAAUUUAAACUCUCAGUGUACAUUUUUGUAUCAGUUCGUUAGCUGCUCUUCUUCCCAAAACUGUGGCCGGCAACACAGCCGGGAACAUAUACUCACAUGUCCCUGGCCGGAGUUUACAGGUUCGAAUCUAAAGCGCUCAUACCUAUGUUUAUUUUAUAGAAAAAAAAAAUUCUGUUUAAUCCAUAAGCUUGCGAAAGCUUUCCUGUAAUGAUACCAUUGUUUUCUGAAACCAAGCUGGAGAACUUUUCAUUCUGAUGAUACUACCAUGUCCUCAAACCGAGAUGACGAACGUUUCCUUGUGACGAUAUUACAGUGUCCUCAAACACACCUGGGAAUGUUUUCAUAUGAGAAUCCUUUCGUGUCCUUAAACUAAGCUGGCAAACAUUCUCUUGUGAUGAUCCAUCCCUGAUUACUUUAGGAAUCCUAAAGCAUAAAUACUCAAAUCUGACAAUGAAUCAAAGAGCAUAUUCUAGUCACAGUAUUUCCAAACAGCCAAAGACCCACACACACUGACGGAUGUCUGGUAGACAGUCAUGUCUUAGGUACGAAUGCCAGUAGUCACGGAAGAAGAUGAACAAUGUUGAAGUAUUAGACACAUGUGCAACAACCGGGUGCCUUUAUUAUGUAGACGUUUCGACAACCAGUGGCUUUAUCAGUCCAGUACACGGCCUAAAACAGAAAACUGAAGAGGUUGAAGAUAAGGUAUUCAGUCCCUCAGCAUAGAAGCAGAUGUUCAGAACUGAAGUCUUGUGUCUAAUAUUUCAGUUUAUCGGUAUUAUGUACCAUUGAUGUUAUGAUGAACAAUGUUGCCUAUGCUUCCUCGAGACGGGCAGGUAAUUCGAAUAGAGGUAUGCAAAUUUUUGUCCACAGUUAUAUGACAGGCACGUGCCCAGACAGUGACUCAGCGUUAGUACCUCAGCGUUAGUACCUCAGCGUUAGUACCUCGGAUAGUGAUUCAGCGUUAGUACCUCAGCGUUAGUACCUCGGACAGUGAUUCAGCGUUAGUACCUCGGACAGUGACUUUAAUCGUUCACUGCCACUGAAGGGCAGUUUAAAACAGUUUAGUGGAAGACACACGAAGAUAUUGUGAAUUAACUCUCAGUUGUUUUUUAUGUUUGAGUGAAUGGAGACAAAUGGUUUUUGGGACCUGACGAGCUGUUGGAGUGUAAGCAGGGUAAUAUUUUGUGAAGGGAUUCAGGGAAACCGGUUAUCUGGACUUGAGUCCUGGAAAUGGGAAGAACAAUGAGUGCACUUUAAAGGAGAGGUUUGUGAUAUUGACAGUUUGGAGGGACGCCUAAACUGUCGUAUCUGAGCGCCUCUGUAAAGACGGUGAUUAUGUAUGAGUGAUGGUGAAAGUGUUGAAUGAUGAUGAAGGUUUGUUUUCUUUUGGGGUUUUUCUUUCUUUUUGGGUCACCCUGCCUCGGUGGGAGACGGCCGAUGUGCUAAAAAAAAAGUUAAAAGUGAUUUCUUAUUUUUUUAUAUAAUUUUAUUUUUACCACUGCCAUUAUUAUUAUUAUUAUUAUUAUUAUUAUUAUUAUUAUUAUUAUUAUUAUUAUUAUUAUUAUUAUUAAGGGGAAAACAUAAGAGCCAAAGGGCUUAUAUUUUCAUCUUGAUUUACACAGUAUGUAUCCAUGAUUUACACAGUAUGUAUCCAUGAUUUACACAGUAUGUAUCCAUGAUUUACACAGUAUGUAUCCAUGAUUUACACAGUAUGUAUCCAUGAUUUACACAGUAU